GAGCACUACAAUGGUUUGCGCCAUCGAGCCAAUGCACCUCGACGAGAAUUGAACUCCGCAAUUAAAUUGAACAAGGAAAAAAAAAACCACGACCAGACACGUUCAAUGAGCAAGCUGCUUCCAAUAUGGACUGCACCAUAAAGGUAAGCCAGCACCUGAAAGUGCUCGCUGUUGUGGACUUUCCACGCGCGCGACUCGAAGGCUUCUUCCACCCACACCGCGAGUGAGAGAGUCCCCUGUACUCUUUCCUUCUUGUACAAAAUUUCCUCUUCCUUCCCGUUCGUGGUUGUAUGUCGGUGCUAGAAUAACACAACUUAACCGCCGCAUCUUUUUCUUUCCUUUCACGCUCCCCGUGAAAAAAGUCCUACUAAUUAGCGUGCGCCCCGACAAAACAAAACAAAAAAAAAAAAACCACCCAUUUCCCCCGCAUUCUUCCUUUUCCCCGCGCUUAUAUAUUUAAUCAUUUUUGUUUGUGGUUCUAACCGAACCGAGCCACCGGCAAGGACACCACGCGUGGACCUUUUUUUGUUUUUUUUUUAUUUUCCCGAGCACAAUUCAGAAUGACCCGUGGAAGCUGCGUGUAACGGAGCGGCAGGUGUCCCUGAAGGCACAAUGGAUGGCAUCAGGAGGCGAUGCCUUUACAAAACCGGAAGCGCUGUCUGUGGUGAGUGAGGACCAGCCCAUCUACGAGCCGCCCUACACCGCCACCAUGCACAUGAAGGCGGAGAUGACGUCGCCGGGCGGAUUCAAGCAGAGUCCCGAGCACGCAGAGUCCAACUGGCCGCCCGCAGCGCCCACCGCCCAGAAGAGGGCCGAACACGUCAACGGAACCAACCACGAGUCGCCAGUGGACUGCAGCGUCACAAAGCGCUCCCGGCACAUGAGCAACGACGGUGUCCCGAUGGCGUACCAGUCUUCGUACCCGGAACCCCGCGUCAGCCCGCCGAAUGUCACCCCACCCAGCAUUACCACCACGGAGGAGAAACGCGUCAUUGUACCUGCAGAUCCUGAGGUGUGGACACAGGACCACGUGCGUCAGUGGCUGGACUGGGCCAUCAAAGAGUACGUCCUGGAGGAAGUGGACGUCAUGCUCUUCCAAGCGCUAGACGGCAAGGCCCUGUGCAAGUUGACUAAAGAGGACAUGAUGCACCUCACGUCCGCCUACAACACCGACAUCCUGCUCUCGCACCUCAAUUACCUCCGGCAGAGUAGUCCGACUUUCUCGUACUCCACGAAUGCCUCCACCAACACGCCGCAACCACCCCCGCCGCAGCCUCGGCUUCAGGUCAAAACAGAAAGCAGUUUUGAUGAGAUUGGCCGCAGGAACAGCUGGACCACCAACAACAUGACGGUAGUGCCCAAAAGUUCAACCAUGGAGCACCAGCACAGCAGAGUGACAGAACCAGCACCCAGAAUCGGCCAAGACCCCUAUCAGACAUUAGGGCCCAUAAGCAGUCGGCUGGCAAACCCAGGCUCGGGCCAGAUCCAGCUGUGGCAGUUUCUGCUGGAGCUGCUGUCGGACAGCAACAACGCCAGCAUCAUCACCUGGGAGGGCACUAACGGCGAGUUCAAGAUGACUGACCCCGACGAGGUGGCCAAGCGCUGGGGCGAGCGCAAGAGCAAGCCCAACAUGAACUACGACAAGCUGAGCCGCGCCCUGCGCUACUACUACGACAAGAACAUCAUGACCAAGGUGCAUGGCAAGCGCUACGCCUACAAGUUCGACUUCCAGGGCAUCUCGCAAACGCACCAGAGCCACCAGACGGCCGACGCCGGCGGCGUGGUCAAGUAUCAGACGGAGAUGUCCUACAUGCAGCCUUACCACAGCCACCAGCCCAAAAUGAACUUCAUGACGGGCCACCCGCCACCGAUGCCUGUCUCACCCGGGAACUUUUUCGGCCCGCCGUCCACGUACUGGAACUCGCCCAGCAGCCCCAUCUACCCCGGGGCGGCCAUGAACAGACAUCCCGCUACCCACUCCCACCUCAGCUCAUACUACUGAGGGUCUCACUCACUCACACACACACACUCUCUCACUCACACACACACUCUCUCACUCACACACACUCACACACACACACACACAAAGGGGAUGAUUUUUUUUUUUUUAAAGGGCAUUAUGAUGUAGGUUGCACAGAUAGCAGAGAUGGGCAGAUGGAUAUAUAGUCUUCCCAAGAUAUGAAAAUACUGAUGACACGUAUUUACUGUAUUAAGUUACGGAACCAAGUUUCUCUUCCCAAUGUAUGGCGGCUAUAAGGACCCUUGGAAAUAUAUAUAUAUUUUCCCCUCAAUUGAGAUGUACAGGUUAUGGUUCACAUAAAUGGUGGAAAGAAGUUUCGAAAUGAUUUAGUCUUAAUUUUUCUGUAUCUCAAAAAGAGGUGUGUAGACAUUUUCUGUAAGUACAGAAUCUUUUUGUAAGCAAAAGAAACUUGACUUCAGAGACCUUUGUAAAAGAAAUUGUACAGAAUGUUCUAUUAUGUAGCAGUGUUACUCAUUACUUAUGUUAAUAAAUGUUCCCUGUAACUAACGACG